AUGGUUGAGUUGGAGGCCCACGAUGAUGUCUUGACCAGAAAGAUGAAGCUCAUCAACGAUGCCAUAGACGAAAUCGGUUUCACCUGGUACCAUUUGAAGCUUUUCUUCCUUAAUGGUAUGGGGUAUGCCACAGACACCCAAUUAGUGUAUAUUGAGAGUUCGGUCAGAACCUUCAUCAACUACCAGUUUGGAUAUACCUUCCCGGUUUCCAAUGAAUGCUAUGCUAUAGGUAUGAUUCUUGGAGGUCUUUUCUGGGGGUUUUCUGCUGAUUUGAUAGGUAGAAAGUUGGCAUUCAAUCUCUCGUUGUUUCUUUCCGCCAUCUUCACAAUCCUCACAGGUACCAUGGGUACCAUGGCUUCGUAUUGUAUUUUUAUCAUAUUGAUCUCAUUUGCAGCAGGAGGAAAUUUGGUACUUGAUACUUGCGUCUUCCUCGAGUUCUUGCCUCACAAGCAUCAAUGGCUUUUGACAUUUUUCGCCUUUUUCUGGGGUAUUGGUCAAACCAUUGCUGUUUUGCUUGCAUAUGCUUUCUUGCCUAACAACUCGUGUUCAUCCGCUGAUGAUUGUCCUUCUCACAAGAACAAAGGUUGGAGAUAUGUGUUCUACACCAACGGUUGCAUAGUAUUGACUUUAGCUAUUCUCAGAUUGACAGUUGUCAGGUUGCAUGAAACACCAAAGUUCUUGGUUUCCAAUAACAGAGAUGCCGAGGCUGUAGAAGUUUUGCAAUCGAUUGCUCUUAAAUACAACCGUCAAUGUUCCUUGACUCUUGACAAAUUGGAGGACUGUGGAACCAUUUCAAUCAAUGAAGAUUACAGACAUAAAAUGAACUUCAAGGGCACUUUCAACUUGAUGUUCCGUCAUGUAAAGAUCUUGUUUGCUACUAGAACGGCUAUCAGAUCUACAGUGUUGCUUUUCGUGUCGUGGUUCUUGCUUGGAAUCGCCUAUCCGCUUUACUCCUCGUUCUUGCCAGUGUACUUGGCUACUAGAGGUGCCAAUAUCUCGGCUGACACCGUUUCUGGGGUUUACCGUGACAACUUGAUUUCCAACGCUGCUUCCAUUGGAGGUCCUUUGAUUGCUGGUGCAUUGCUUUAUCUUGUUCCCCGUCUUGGUCGAAGAGGGGUUUUAUUCAUCGGAGGUGUUCUGACCAUGGCUCUUUUAUUUGGCUACACUGCUAUAAGAACCAGAGGUCAGAAUGUUGGUUUAUCUUCUGCUGUGUACUGUGCCUUGUAUAUUUAUUACGGUGUGAUCUACGCAUAUACUCCUGAGGUUAUGCCUUCUGCUGCUCGUGCCACAGGAAACUGUCUCUGUUUGGUUUGCACCCGUAUAGCGACCGCAAUUGUACCCGUGAUUGCCUGGUUCUCCAACACAAGCUCGCUGGUUCCUAUCUGGAUCUGUGGAGCUGCUGUUGGUAUUAUUGGUAUCAUUGCUUUGUUCUUGCCGUUUGAACCUAGUAAGCACAGAGUUGUUUGA